AUGUCCGCCGCCGUCGCUCCUUUUCCCCCCUUUCAUGAAGGGAAUAUAAAGAACUGGUUCUUACAAAUGGAAGCCAUUUUCACAGUCAGAAGGAUUACAGACCAAAAGACCAAGUUUGGCCACGUGGUGGCGGUUUUGCCACCCGCCAUUGUCGAUGAGGUCUCAGACUUCCUAGAAGCCGUUCCUGAAGUAGAACCCUACGCGCGGUUAAAAGAAGCAAUCUUAAGGAGAAUGGGCCGUACAGAGGAGUCAUUAAUCCGGGAACUAUUUAGCAACCUAACUUGUGAUGGCAGGACUCCCUCCCAACUUCUUCGUUAUAUGAAAAGCCGACUCGGCAAAAAUACCAUGGCUGACUCUAUAUUAAAAAGCUUGUGGCUGGACCGUCUCCCCACCACCAUAACCCAAAUUUUGGCGCCAAUGUCCGAAAACACCUCGAUCGAUCAAUUAGCGGACGCCGCGGAUCGUAUUUUCUCGCAACUGGAUAAUCAGACAACGCCGGUACACAGUGCUGAAGCGACUGGAGACCACAGGUCCUUGGAAAAAACAGUCGAGGAAUUGCAGCGCCAAGUUAAGGAUUUAACAUUAGCUCUAAAGAGCCGUGGUCGAAGCCGGUUCCCUUUCCCGCCGGCGCUUCAGAAGUCGACCACGCUCGUCCAGCCGAGAUAA